UAUCACCUGUGUGGCCGACAUUUUACCUGUGUUAAGGCGUGCAACCCGGUAUAUAGGUGUGACGGCCAUGUGAGACAUGAUGAUCUAGUACGUCUCAUCUACUAUGCUUACUAUACGCUUUGUAAUUAACUGGGCAUAGCUUUUUUUUCACAAGACAACCGGAGAUAGAUCGUAUUGUGUCACGGUCAUUAUAUAUCUCCACGGAACAGCGAUCACCGUUGACAUCGUCAUACAACAAUUAAACAGUGCACCGCGGAAGAAGACCAAAAAAAAAAUGACGUUGAAACAAAUUGAACGGCUUUUCUUUACCUUGUCAGCGUGUGAUUUAUCAAAUCACAGGUUAACUGAUCGCCGUGCAUGUCAGUGAGCACGACUGAACUACCUUUACAACGAUUACAACGAUAUUUCACGGACAAAAUGAUCGUAUCUUUCUGGAUUAUCUUCCUUCAUGUUCGAGAUAAAUUCUACGAACUGGCGGUUGGGAAAAGACACAAGAAAUACAGAGACAUGGCGAGGAAAGAGGUAGAAAAAUGUCUGGAAUGGCUCCAGGACCAAAAGACGGGUUUGGAAACAGACCAGUUCGGUUGCAAUAAGGCAUCCGUCCAGGACGCAGCGUCCAAGCACAGAUCCCGUCAGAAGAUGAUCCGAGAUUACGGACGAGAUGUCGACAGAGUUGUCCGAUUGAAGGACUCUGAUUGUGCGGACAUCGUCAAACCUGUAGGAGCGGCGUAUGAAUCUCUGAGGGCGAUGUCUUCAAAACGAUCUUCCUGUCUUGAAGUACUUACACAAAUCGCUAACCUGGAAGACUUUGCAGGUUCGGCGGCAGCGGAGUUCACUGCCAGAGCUGUUCAUUUGUCCAACUGCACCGAAAACAACAAAGAAAAGGCGCCUUCUCAAAGCAAUGAGACUCUUGCCAAGACUGCUCAGAAAUGCAUCGUUGCCGUGAGAGAUAACUGGCGGUGGAUUCAACAGUCGAUGAAAUGUGCUGAGGUGCAUCUAAAACACGCAGCCAAUUAUCAAGAGUUUUUCCACGAGGUUGACGAAUGUGAACACUGGAUGAACACCACUCUCAGCCGCAUCCACUUGUCCUUUGACCGUUCCAAUCUCCAAGGCGACCGUGCUGAUGCACGGGACAUGAUGAAAGAGAUCAAGGACGUCCUUUUGGCCUACCUCCAAUGGCAGAGUCGGGUGGACAAUCUGUUCGACAAGAGCAAAGACGUGGUUCCUCUUCCCGCCAGAACAAAACCCCUACAAGAUCCCCGGCCUGUCGUGGCUCUAGCGGACUACAAAGGAGAUAAGUUUGAAAUGUUCGAUGGUGAAACAUUGACACUUGUGAACAACAGAGAUAUGCUAACAUGGAGGGUGAGGAAUGACAGAGGUCAGGAAGGUGAGGUCCCGUCUGUAUGUCUUCUUAUCCCGGGGCCCUACGGCCAGGCUGUCGACGCCGCUGUCAGACUUCGACUGCAGCUUCUUGCCAUGUGGACGACGAGCUUGAAGAGACUGGGGUAUCAGAUGAUAGCCUUUAUGAACCUGGUCUUCCGUGACUGGAAUGAUGACGAGAUCCAAAGCUUACAAGGAAUUCCAGCCACAACAAAGGCAGAGUUAUUGGACGUGUUACAGAAAAUCGAAGACGAUCUUUCCAAACACUGGAGCGAGUAUCCGGACUUCCUGGAACUCCAAGAACGCAUUCUGCGCCUGCGCAUGAUUCUAGAGGAAGCCAGCAGUGAAGGGCAGCCAGACAAGGAGUUGAUAGACACCGUUGUGAUCCAGAUCAAACUUCUGCGGGAUCUGCUGAAUAAGUAUAAAGAUUUCUGGGCAUACUGGGAAACGUACAAGGCCCUGGUGGAGACGUUGCGGGAGCCUAAGUACAUCUUGAUUGCUGACCAGUGGGACAAGCUGAAAUACGUCACUACGGCCCAUUUUGUCAAAUUCUGGGAUACAGAUCUGAAGCUCGACGCGAUACCGCAUCUAGAUAAGAUAUCUAAGGUCGAUGGCGCCUCCAUCACUCUUAACGAAACUCCACGCUCAGACAUGAAGACUGAGGAAAGUAUCUCUCUGUCACGACAAGAGGAGAUCGCCGAGACGGACCAGAUCACGAAGUCGUAUGAAGAGGAGAGACGGACAUUCCAGAUCACUGCCGUCAAGGAUCCCAGAGAUGGUAAGGAGUUGUCCUUCCAGCGCGCCGUGAUGAUGGGCAUUGUGGAUCAAGCUCAAGGGCGUUACAUCAACCCGGACAGCGGAGAAACCAUCACACUGGCGGAUGCCAUGAACGAAGGAAAGAUUACCGUCGAGUUCACGUCCAGACAGAAGAUUAAGCAGGAAAAAUCCGCCAUCGGCCUAAUCACGAUCAAGACCCGCCAAGAGACCCGCCCGUUCAACAUCGUCGGCGUCAUAGACCCGGAAACCGACCGCACGAUUUCCCUGACGGAAGCGGUCAAGAAGGGAAUCUACGACGACCAUAGAGGCGUCUACACUGGAGAGCACGGCGAGGAGAUGUCCGUCGUCGAUGCCAUCGAAAGCGGCUGUGUCCUUGUGGAGUACAAAGGCGAGGGUGUCACUCAUUCCGACGUAGUGUCUAAAACGUACGCCAUCAACUCCGUGGUGGACCAGAAGCGGAAGACCAAGGUAUCCUUCACGGACGCCAUUGCUCUCGGGAUUCUCGACAGAACUACAGGGGCCUACAUCAACAACAUCACGGGGGACAGAGUUUACGUGGGGGAAGCUAUCAAACGGGGGUUCAUCAAGGCUAGAAUCAUCAACAACCCGAAAAGUUUAGAUAUUGACCCAGAAAAUAAAAUCGUCGUAGAGAGAAUUCAAAAUGUCAAGAAUAAGCUACUGAAGUCCAUGAACGCCGUGCGUGCUUUCCAAAUGGCCGCCAAAAAUGCCAAAAAAUAAUAUCGAAUUGUAAUAUUUUGUACAUUGUUAUCAGAAUCUCCCUGUAUUUUCAUCACAAUUAAUGGAAACUUAGUAAUAUUUUGGAGAAAACCAAAACAUUUAGCAAGUUUAAAUAUACAUUGGUUUGUGCUGGUUUACACAGAAUAUCAUCACGGCAGUCCGAAUUUCAUUACAAGUCACCCUUCGUUUCUCGAUUUCAGCUGAUUGCCCUACAUGUAUUACCAGUACAUUUAAUUUUUCAGAAUAAUCCUUCAAAAACGCUUUAUAAUUCAAACAUUACCGAGUUGUAUGUCAUGUAUAGAUGUAUUUUGUAAAAAGAAUCAAAAUACGAUAUUUUAAUGUCAAAGUAAUAGCAUUCACUCGGAACGAUACUUCUAGGUGUGAUAAAUUUAUGGUGCAACUUUGCAUACUAUGUGAAUUGCAAUGUCUGCUAUUUUAAUACACUGCACCAAUGUGGAAGAUUCUAAUGUUUGUGCACAAAAUGAACACAGAUGAAAAGGUAUCUGCCUGUAGGUCAAGUUUUAUUUCG